AUUAAAAAAAAAACUAACAACUUGUUUUAAGUAUAAUGACUAAAUUACAACACAUUUUUCCUAAAUUUGAUCAAUAAGUUUAAAAUUUUGAUGUUGAGGCUCCGUUAUAAUAUUAAAGUACUUUUUAUAAAAAUCUACACCCUUUCUAUGACCAUGACAUCUCUGUACCCAAGUGUGAUCCCAAUCUAAAUCAACUUUUUCACAUGUAAUGGAUACUCUGCCUGGUACCAUUGCAAAAAGGGUCCCGUUUCUGCCCAGGCCUACAUUCAAGCCAGGAUGAAACCUUAAAUUUCUCUGGAGAACCAAAACGCUACCUGGAUACACAUAAUGACCAUCUUGAACCUGUUAACAUAGGAUUUUAGUAUCAAACUAAUUUUUUGAAACAAAUUAUUUUUACCUUAACGCCCCUAUGUUUAGGCCGCACUUUUGUGCUUGUAUUGCUAGUACUGCCCCCUGUUUUCUUACUAGCGUAUCUAAUUGUGUUUUGUAAAAGACUUGGUUGCUCUAAAAUUGUAUUUUUUAAAGAAUAUAAAGCAAAAUUCAUUUUACCUUUUUUUAAGAAUUAUAACCUAGUAAAAUCUAAAUUCUUCUUUUUUAUGUUCUCUAAAUGAACUAUUUACGAAUACCGUAGUGCUGAAUAUCUGUACUAAUGAGACCAAUUUUUAAUAGAAAGAUGAAUUGUCAAAAAAACCUUUGGUCACUUUUUCAUUUGACUUUUUGAUCAGCUGUUUGGGGGUGUAUUUGUAUUAAAAGAUAAAAAUGGAAUUAAAGAGCGAAAGUUUUUUUAAGAUUUUGAGCUAAAUAUCAACAUUAGAAAAAUUCCAUAAUAUGACGUAAAAAUAUUUACAUGAAAAAACUACAAGAAGUGCAACGUUUAAGUCUAAUUUCAAAGGAAAGUGAAAGUUCAAUUUUUUUAUUCAAAUAUGGAUAGAGGAUCAUACGAAAGAUUAAGUAUAAGAGAAUCAGCACAAUCAUUAAAAAAAUACGGAAGCACUAGCAAACACAUUACUAAAAAUGAUAGUUUUAUCAAGCACUAUGUUAGUAAUACAGAUACCUUACAGGGGAUCGCACUGAAACACAAUGUAACGAUUGAACAAAUACGUAGAGCAAAUAAACUUUGGACCUCUGACAGUCUCUUUUUACGAGAAUACCUAUUGAUACCUAGCACAGAACCUUCGACCAGUUACAGCAGCUCUCAUAGCAAGGAAAGACCUCAGUCAUUAUCAGAUUCUAUAACUUCCCCUACUAGAUCUAGUUUCGAUGAAGAAGACAUCGAUGGCUUCCUAAAUAAAAUUGAUGCUGCUAUAGCCACCACAAAAGAAGAUGUGCAGAAAACGACGAGAAAUAGCGAGUUUGCUGUAGGCUUUGAUCAAAUGGACAGAAGGCAUCCUGCCAUCUCAAGAAUGAAACAAAUGGUAAACAACAAUACAGCACAUGUCCCUGAACCUACCAUAAAAGUGCCCACCUCCACCACAGUCGUUGUGCAACGUGGAAAAAAAGUUCGCACAUCAUUAAGGCAGCAUGAAAGACAACAAGACGAACUCUUCGAAUUGUAGCACCGUUUUUGUAUACAGAGUGGUUAAAAAUAGGGACUGCGUUAUAUACAACAAUUUGCAAUAAAUCACUAGUUUAGCGGUGGCAUCUGCUUUCCCACUAGAAAAUAAUGUACAAGAAGAGGAAGAGGAGUAUGUAUUGGUUCCGGUUUCUAGAAUUAGAAGGGAUUUGAUCUGGGGAGCCAACCAAGGUGGAUACACUUUAGGACAAAAGGGCACCCUUUUCAGCAACGAUAACCAUAAAUUAGACGGUGCUUACUCCGGUUCUAAAGCAUGGGGCUCGCAUGGACUCAAACCCGACACAUUCGGUGGACGUUUGGACUACACCCAUAAUCCAUCUGGUUCCACUGCGUUUGUGGGUGCUAAUAGAACACCUGGCUAUGGAACUGAUCUAAGCGCUGGAGUUAAAUAUAAUAUAGCUCAAGGAAAAAAUUGGGAUGUGGGUCUAUCCGCGCAGUACGAUAGGCGCUAUGGAGGACCAUAUGGUACAGGGAAACCUAAUGUGAACGUACUGUUUGGAGGAAAUGGAAGAUUCUAAAUUUAUGAACCCUAUAUACCUUUAAUUUAAUUUUUUUUAGUUAAUUAGAAUUUAAAAGUAAUAUAAUAGUUAAUAAAGUAUUAUUAAUUCUAUGAAGUAGUUUAUUCUCAAACAGUUUGUAUGGUUGGUCUGUUCUACUACAUUUAAGUCUAAUUCAGUUUUAUAAACUUAUACAGGGUGUUUCAUUGGUAAAGGGACUCCCUUUAACCAUGGAUGGAGACCACCGAGGUGCUUCCAAAUAACCCAUACUUAAUGGGUCUUUCGACCUUUAUAGCCGAAAUACAGGGUGUUUUAUCAAUUUGGUCUAUUUCUUUCCAGACUCAUAACUUAUUAACUACCCUGUAUAUGUAUUUAACAUUUGGCGUACUUAUUCACCGUAACUUACCAAAUCUAAAAAGGUAUAAACAAGAAACGAAAUCCAGGUCCGUCUUUACAAAAAAUUAAUAAAUUCGUCCAUCCUUAAAACAACAUCCUGUAUGUCUGAAUUUGAAAUUUUUGUUUUCAUAUUUGAAAAGAGCACAAAAAACUGAAUCCAAUAAUGUACAUUUUAUUUUUGCGCAGACGAUUUUACUACUGAAAUUAUAAGUCCAAAUUGUUAUUUUUGAGCAUUUUGGAGGUAAAAACUGGAAACGGA